GCAAGAGCAGGCCAUGUGAUCUGUCAGGCUGCCAGUGAUUUAAGGACUAAGUUGAUGCACCGAGACAAAAGAGGGCUGCAGAGAGACCCAGCCAAGAGCCCCUGCCGGGUUCCCUGGCCAGCUGCCCCUGCGGGACCAGGCCGGGUUGCUCUCGGUGGCGGCCUGCGGGACGAGAUUCACUCCCAUCAAAGGCCAGAUUAAUGAGUAACAACUCGUGGGUGCAGCCUGCCAGGGUCUGUGACUUUCCUGGAUUGCUGCAGCCCAAUCGCAUGACGGUUGUUUUGCCGAUUUUGCUUCCAAGUGGUUGUUUUUGGGAGUGGUAAACUUGCUUUUCCAAGGCACAGAAAAGACCUCUGAAAUACUUUCGAAACGUUCCUCUCUUCGGAGUUCCGUUGCGCAAGUGCGAACAGCAGGGAGGGACCAGCAGUGCCCUUUGGAAGUUCCACUCUCUGCCCCUAAAGGGCAUUCGCUCCCUGGAAGAGGGAGAGGGCUGCAUUGCUUAUUCAUUUCUUGGGCUGUUCCCUGUUUCUGGGAACUUAUUCUGUUCUAUGCAAGCUCAGCGGAAGCGAGCGCUGAAGAGCCGGCCUGGUCUGGAGGCUGCCGCUCGUCCCGGGAUCUGGCGCAUCCGCACGGAGAGGCUUACAGCUAAAGGCUUGACAUGUCUGAUCUUGGGGAGACGAUGAUGAUGGCAUCCAAGAAGAGGGUGGCCAUCGUGGGCGCCGGCUCCAGCGGACUGUGCUGCAUCAAGUGCUGCCUGGACGAAGGCCUGGAGCCCAUCUGCUUCGAGAGCAGCGACGACAUCGGGGGCCUCUGGCGGUUCAAGGAGCAUCCUGAGGAGGGCCGAGCCAGCAUUUACAGGUCUGUGAUCAUCAACACCUCCAAGGAGAUGAUGUGCUUCAGUGACUUCCCCAUCCCCGGUGACUUCCCCAACUAUAUGCACAACUCCAAGAUCAUGGAGUACUUCCGGAUGUAUGCCGAGCACUUUGACCUUCUGAAGUACAUUCGCUUCAAGACUAAGGUGCGCAGCGUGACGAAGCGCCCGGACUUCUCUGCCUCUGGCCAGUGGGAUGUCGUCACAGAGACCGACGGGAAGCGGGAGUCAUCCAUCUUCGACGGAGUCCUGGUGUGCACUGGCCACCACACCAACGCGCACCUGCCCCUGGACACCUUCCCAGGAAUUGCCGAGUUCAAAGGGCGCUAUUUUCACAGCCAUGACUACAAGAGUCCUGACGAAUUUACAGGAAAAAGAGUAAUUGUGGUCGGAAUUGGGAACUCGGGUGUGGACCUCGCGGUGGAGAUAAGCCACACGGCAGAGCAGGUCUUCCUCAGCACGCGCCGCGGGGCCUGGGUGCUGCACCGCGUCGGCGGGGGGGGCUACCCCGGGGACGCGGCGCUGACCACGCGGAGCAACAUGCUCCUGAAGCGAUGCCUCCCUGGGCCCACGCUAAACUGGCUGGUGGAGAGCAGGCUGAACGCCCGGUUCAACCACGCGCAUUACAGCUUGAAGCCGAAGCACAGGUUCACGAGCCAGCACCCGACCAUCAACGACGACCUCCCAAACCGCAUCCUGUCCGGCAGAGUGCUCAUGAAGCCAAACAUCAGGGAGUUCACCGCGACGGCGGCCAUUUUUGAAGAUGGCUCCCAGGAAGACAACAUAGAUGCUGUCGUCUUUGCCACGGGAUACAGUUUCUCUUUCCCUUUUCUGGGGAACUGUGUGAGGGUCGUUGAGAAUCAGACUCCCCUCUACAAGUUCGUCUUCCCCCCUCACCUGGAGAAGCCCACCUUGGCCAUCAUCGGGCUGGUCCAGCCGCUCGGCGCCAUCAUGCCCAUCGCGGAGAUGCAGGGCCGCUGGGCCACACGUGUCUUCAAGGGCCUCGCCAAGCUGCCCUCCAUGUGUGAGAUGAUGGCUGAGAUUACGAGGAUCAAAGCAGCCAUGGCGUAUCGGUACGUGAAAAGCCCACGCCACACCAUCCAGGUGGACUACAUUGAAUACAUGGAUGAGCUGGCUGCUCUGAUCGGAGUGAAGCCCAGCGUGACGUCCCUGCUUCUCACGGACCGCAAGCUGGCCUGGGAGGUUCUGUUUGGGCCGUGCACGCCAUACCAGUACCGCCUGCAGGGGCCAGGGAAGUGGGCUGGGGCCAGGGAGGCGCUGCUCAGCCAGCAUGACCGGAUCCUGAGACCGCUGGCAACCAGGCCAGUGGAGGACUCCAGCCACGCCGCGGUGCCCCUGUGGCUGAAGGCAGUCGGCCUCAUGGCUCUCCUUGCGGCCCUCUGCACUUACCUCUAGGUCCCGAAGGUCUGUGUGUUAUGUGCCAAGCGCAGUCCAGCUGAGCCCCACCUCCCCAUCCCUUUCAGACUGGUCUGGGUUUCAUUUUGCCCCCUGCCCCAGCCUGCACACAAAUCGCUGUGGAGGCACCCUGGGCACCUGUUCCCACGUCCUCCGAUUCACGUGCAGGCUG